AUGUUCACCUCUCAUUCUGCCAGCGGGCUACCCUUGAGGUUGCGACCCCUAGAAGCACCGAAGCAUUGUUGUGCGAAGGACCAAUCAGAAGCCGGAUAUUGCGGCCAACUGUGGCUAAAGAUGGACUCAGGUGCUUUUUGGGACUGGUGGUCACAGACUCCCAAUUCCACCCAAUGUCCCGGACAACAGACGCUCCAUGCCCAGCUCUGCAUUGAGUUUGCCACGAAUGUGGGUUCGGUCUCCAUACAAGACCUCUCUGCGGUGGGUCGUCGUGUGCGUCUGGGCAUACAUCUUCAGUUCCUGCCGGCAUUCUACGCGCCAGUUCGGAUGAAUAAUCACCGUCUUGUUUGCGGCACCAGUGGAGUGUUUGACGAAGCGGCUGAAUCGCCCGCGAAUGUAUUUAAGGACUCCUGCUUCUUCCGCUUCCAACUUGAAAUGGCCACUUCACUGCAGGGCAAGGUGCGUCCGCCUCGCGCCUAUUCUUUGCACUUUCUGGCAUGGAUUUAUUUGUUUUCCUUUUCAGUUCGUGUUCGCUUUGUUUGUUUGAACAUAUUUCUGCGGCGCAUCAGAAAGUGGGUUUACUCCACGUCAGCCAUCCACGUCACCAUAUCUAAGUUUCAGUCACCCUGUCUCACAUUUUCCACCGAUUCGUGA